GUUUGCGCCUGCGCAGUGGGCGCUGAGUAUGUAGACAGCGGCGCUGGGGACGCUACCGGAGUCGCCUGGCAACGAUGUCGCCUGGCAACUGAAUAGGUUGGCCACUGGCACGCGCUACUGGAAGCAGAAAGGGCUGCGGAGGCAGUGAGUGGUUUCUGCAGAACUUCAUUUGGAAAGGCCUCUGUCAUUGGGGAUAGAUGGCCCAUUCCCAGAACUCCAUGGAGUUUCCUGUUAACAUCAACACUACCCAGAUUACCACUGCCUAUGGCCAUCGGGCCCUGCCCAAGCUGAAGGAGGAGCUGCAGUCAGAGGACCUCCAGACAAGGCAGAAAGCCCUCAUGGCCCUGUGUGACCUCAUGCAUGACCCCGAGUGUAUCUACAAGGCCAUGAGCAUAGGCUGUAUGGAGAACCUGAAAGUUUUGCUGAAGGAUAGCAACAGCAUGGUGCGGAUAAAGACCACUGAGGUGCUCUACAUCACGGCGAGCCAUAGCGUGGGCAGAUACGCCUUUCUAGAGCACGACAUCGUCCUUGCCCUGUCCUUCCUGCUGAAUGACCUCAGCCCAGUCUGCCGGGGGAACCUGUACAAGGCAUACAUGCAGCUGGUCCAGGUGCCUAGAGGUAGGCUCGCGUCCUGCACACAGAUCUGCUGGGCACUCAAGUUGUCCAUCGGUCUCCUCUCCAGGUCACAUAUGUACCAGGGUGUGGAUCAUCAACUUUUUAUUAAAUUACAACAUACAUAUUAGAAAAGUACAUAUCCGCUGGGUGCGAUGGCUCACGCCUGUAAUCCCAGCACUUUGGGAGGCCGAGGCAGGCAGAUCACGAGGUCAGGAGUUCGACACCAGCCUGGCCAAUAUGGUAAAACCUUGUCUCUACUAAAAAUACAAAAAUUAGCCAGGUGUGGUGGUGUGCACCUGUAGUCCCAGCUACUCAACAGGCUGAGGCAGAAGAAUCGCUUGAACCUGGGAGGCAGAGGUUGCAGUGAGCCAAGAUCAUGCCAUUGCACUCUAGCCCAGGGGACAGUGCAAGACUCUGUCUCAAGACAAAAAAAAAAAAAAAAAAAGAAAGGAAAAAAAGACAAGCACAUAUACUAAACAAACAUUUGGUUAAAUUGUUCUGAGUGAACAUGUCAUGUAACUGCCAACCCAAUCAAGACAUGAAGAAUAUUUACCACCUCUCCAGAAACUUCCCACAUGCUCAUACUGGGUAUUACCCUUACCAAUGAUAAACAGUGUCUUCAAUUUAUAAGACUAUAUAUAGAUGAUGCCCCUUUUAAAACUUUACAUAAAUGGAAACAUACAGCUUGUAAUAUCUUGCUUGUAGCUACUUUUGCUUAACGUUUUAUUUCUGAGAUUUACAUGUGGUAUGUAUUACUGAUUUUUGCUGGUUAAUGCUGGAGUAUGGUAUUUACACUAUGUGAGUAUACAACAUUCCAUUUACUUACCCAUUCCAUUGCUGAUGAACAUCUGAAUUGUUUCUAGCUUAUGGCUACCAAGAAUAGAGUGGCUAUAAAUGUCUUUUGAUGGACAUGUAUAUGCAUUUAUUUCAAAACAUACCUAAGAAGAGAAUGGCUGGCCUGGGUAAGUUUGUGUUCAGCUUUUAGAAGGUAGUACCUGGCUGGGCAUGGUGGCUCACACCUUUAAUCCCAGCACUUUGGGAGGCCAAGGCGGGUGAAUCACAAGGUCAGAAGAUCGAGACC